AUGUCCCAACAACCUUCCUCACCCAAUGACCCCAACGACAACGUAACUGGAAGUGCCGAGAGCGAUGGCGGCGACAAUGGAGAUGGCCGUAAAGGUUACGGCAAACGCGAGUUGAGCACGAGCAAGAGAGCAGCCCAGAACCGUGCAGCUCAAAGAGCAUUCCGCCAACGUAAAGAGGGUUAUAUCAAGAAGCUCGAGGAGCAGGUUCGGGACUAUCAAGUUCUAAGCGAAAACUUUAAAGCCGUGCAAGCCGAGAACUACCAGUUGCGUGACUAUAUCAUCAAUCUUCAAUCACGGUUACUAGAAUCACAAGGCGAAGUACCACCUCCGCCCAGCAAUGUCGAUGGACUCCAGCCGGGCAAAGCAGGCCCUUCGACACAACCGGGAACCCUACCUCGACUUUCCGAGCUCGGCGCUGUGGCCCAAAUUCAAGAUGGUAUGCACCAUGAUUCUCAUCGCAGUGGAUAUCCCGAUCCUACCUAUUCAGAAGCAUCAGGUGUCAAGCGCGCCAGGACUGGUUCUUCAGAGAUGACUCCAUCUCAAGCCGCAUUGCAGGGACCAACCAUCUUGUCACAGGCAUCUACGGGCGCACGAUAG